UCCUCUUCUUUUUGUCCUUUGCGGUGCUCGCCAGCUUUGCCACCAUUCUUCUCGUCCAAGCGUAUAAGCCGCCUCCACCCAGCGCUUGGUACCAACGUAAAGUCAUCUGCCGCCACACAGGACCCCGGACGGAUGUAACAAAAAGGAUACAGGAGUCCUCUUCCCUGGGGUGCGGGGGGGUGGUCUUCGCCCAGGAGGAGGUGAAGACCCCCGGUCUGCGAGCUCUAGUGACGGAGGGGAAGCAAUAUGGUGUCCACAUCAUCCUUGAGGUCCAGGUACUGGAGGAGUAUAACGGGACUCUGCUCCGGGGGCUGAAGGACGCAGCACGGGGAUGGAUGGCCGAUGGAGCGUCUGGGUUCCAGCUGUUGGGAGGACAGAAAGAAACUGUAAUGAUGGUGUCUCAGAUACUCCUGGAUGAAGUAGAGACGAUCAGCGGGGAGGAACGGCUGAUCCUGCUUCCUGACUGGCUAUGUGAUGAUGAGGAUAUCCCCAAAAAUAAGUCAAACCUUCUGCGCACCUGUUCUAUUCCUGAAUGGAACCUGCAAAAUGUCGCUGUGGGAGCGGAAAUGAAGAACGUGGCCUGGAAGGUGGAUGUUGGUGACAUGGACACUCUGGGACUGAGACAAUUCCAGGCUGUCACCCUGCCCGGAACUGUUAUGUUGUCCCUGAACCAGUCACUGGCUCCGCCCACUUGGCUCCGCUCUCUGCUCUUCCAGCGUUUCCAGAACCCCGCCCUUUACGCCGGUUGGGUGCAGCCUACAUCUAAUGGCUCCUUCUAUAGCGCUGUGUCAUCCUGGGGCUGUUCUGCACUUCUAGUUGCCAUCAGUGGUCCAGAUCAAUCUCUCAAUGUGUCUCUGCAUCUACCUUACUUUUCUGCCUCAGCGAGGUUAAUUCUGUCAACCAAAGGGGGGCGCAACCUAGGUCAAGUGUUCCAGGACAUGGUACUGCUGGAGCCAGGGGAAGCUCAGCUCCUCCGCCUCACACCACAAUGAAUCUGCUGAACUCUAAUAAAGUUUUUCAUGUUUUGAUAU